CUGCCCUGGGGCUAUGGCCAUGGUGACCGGCGGCUGGGGCGGCCCCGGCGGCGACACGAACGGCGUGGACAAGGCGGGCGGCUACCCGCGCGCGGCCGAGGACGACUCGGCCUCGCCCCCCGGUGCCGCCAGCGACGCCGAGCCGGGCGACGAGGAGCGGCCGGGGCUGCAGGUGGACUGCGUGGUGUGCGGGGACAAAUCGAGCGGCAAGCAUUACGGUGUCUUCACCUGCGAGGGCUGCAAGAGCUUUUUCAAGCGGAGCAUCCGCCGCAACCUCAGCUACACCUGCCGGUCCAACCGUGACUGUCAGAUCGACCAGCACCACCGGAACCAGUGCCAGUACUGCCGUCUCAAGAAGUGCUUCCGGGUAGGCAUGAGGAAGGAGGCGGUGCAGCGCGGCCGCAUCCCACACUCGCUGCCUGGCGCCGUGGCCGCCUCCUCGGGCAGCCCCCCGGGCUCGGCGCUGGCGGCGGUGGCGAGCGGCGGAGACCUCUUCCCGGGGCAGCCGGUGUCCGAACUGAUCGCGCAGCUGCUGCGCGCUGAGCCCUACCCUGCGGCGGCCGGACGCUUCGGCGCAGGGGGCGGCGCGGCGGGCGCGGUGCUGGGCAUCGACAACGUGUGCGAGCUGGCAGCGCGGCUGCUCUUCAGCACCGUGGAGUGGGCGCGCCACGCACCCUUCUUCCCCGAGCUGCCGGUGGCCGACCAGGUGGCGCUGCUGCGCCUGAGCUGGAGCGAGCUCUUCGUGUUGAACGCGGCGCAGGCGGCGCUGCCCCUGCACACGGCGCCGCUACUGGCCGCCGCCGGCCUCCACGCCGCUCCUAUGGCCGCCGAGCGCGCCGUGGCCUUCAUGGACCAGGUGCGCGCCUUCCAGGAGCAGGUGGACAAGCUGGGUCGCCUGCAGGUCGACUCGGCCGAGUACGGCUGCCUCAAGGCCAUCGCGCUCUUCACGCCCGACGCCUGUGGCCUCUCGGACCCGGCCCACGUGGAGAGCCUGCAGGAGAAGGCGCAGGUGGCCCUCACCGAGUAUGUGCGGGCGCAGUACCCGUCCCAGCCCCAGCGCUUUGGGCGCCUGCUGCUGCGGCUCCCUGCCCUGCGUGCGGUCCCUGCCUCCCUCAUCUCCCAGCUGUUCUUCAUGCGCCUGGUGGGGAAGACACCCAUUGAGACACUGAUCAGAGACAUGCUGCUGUCGGGGAGUACCUUCAACUGGCCCUACGGCUCGGGCCAGUGACCAUGACGGGGCCAUGUGUGCUGUGGCCAGGCCUGCAGACAGACCUCAAGGGACAGGGAAUGCUGAGGCCUCGAGGGGCCUCCCGGGGCCCAGGACUCUGGCUUCUCUCCUCAGACUUCUAUUUUUUAAAGACUGUGAAAUGUUUGUCUUUUCUGUUUUUUAAAUGAUCAUGAAACCAAAAAGAGACUGAUCAUCCAGGCCUCAGCCUCGUCCUCCCCAGGACCCCUGGCCGGGAUGGAGGGUCCAAUCCUAGGACAGCCUUGUCCCUCAGUACCCCAAGCAUGAACUUGUGGGAUGGUGGGGUUGGCUUCCCUGGCAUGAUGGACAAAGGCCUGGCGUCGGCCAGAGGGGCUGCUCCAGUGGGCAGGGGUAGCUAGCGUGUGCCAGGCAGAUCCUCUGGACACGUAACCUAUGUCAGACACUACAUGAUGACUCAACGCCAAUAAUAAAGACAUUUCCUACCUGCACA